AUGGCCCGGAGAUCGAAUGGGGUCUUCACGAUCCUCCUCUAUUUGUCUAUCGCAAUUUCUAUCCUCGUCCCUGCUUCUCGAACCUCGACGACUGUUGGAGCCGACGUCGUAGACUCUGAGCUCGAUUCCCCCCGAAGCGAGCAGGAAAAAGACAACUACUGGGCGCAGGGUGGAAAUGACAUUGUUCACGAGGUAUGGUCGGUGUUGCGGGAUUUCGAACCAACAUGGAAAGACAGCGUGACCCCAGCGCAUCCUUCUGGCCUCCUGGGCACCGUAUGGCACUACACGAGGAUAAUAUUCCGCGCUCUGUUCAUGAAUACACCUACGCGGGAAGACAACAAAGCCCCGAAGGUUAAAGGAGACUUGAAGAAGGGCGUGGACUCCCUCAAAGCGGCGGCCUCUUUCGACGACCCAGACGCCAUUUUCCUGCUCGCCGAGAUGAAUUUCUACGGCAACUUCUCAUAUCCGCGCGACCUCGAGAGAGCCAAAUAUUGGUACCACCGGUUAGCUGACUUGGACGGCAAUUCAACGGCACAAUACAUGUUGGGGUUGAUGUACGGCACGGGAAUUGGCGGACUGGAAAGAGACCAGGCGAAGGCCGUGCUAUAUCACACGUUUGCUGCGGAACAAGAGAACAUCAAGUCCGAAAUGACCUUGGCGUACAGAUAUCAUGCCGGUAUUGGGUGUCCCAGGAGCUGCGAUAGAGCUGUGUCGUACUACAAAAGAGUCGCCGACAAGGCGAUCUCGUACUGGCAAUCAGGCCCUCCAGGAGGUCACUCUUUUGUUCGCAACUCAUACCGCUGGGUGGAAGUUGACGGAGGCAUAUACGGCGAAGGCGCAAGUGUCAGCUCCUCUGGCCCCAAUGCCCCCCGAGAUGGCCUCACUGCGGCUCACAUCGACUAUGUCCUGGAUUACCUCGACACGAAAGAACGACAAGGGGACUUCAACGCCAUCAUCACGCUGGGCAAGCACUACUACGAAGCUCCUCGGGGCUACAAGCGCAAUUUCCGCAAGGCACAGCGUCAGUUCAUGAAAGUUGCCCGGGCCUACUGGACCAAAGACGGCAAGGUGUCCCCGAAAGCGCCAAAGGGGAUCGAACGUAUGGCAGGAAAAGCGGCAGCCUAUAUUGGGCGCAUGCUCCUUCGUGGCGAGGGAAUGGAACAAAACUUUGAAAAGGCUCAAAUCUGGUUCAAACGAGGUAUUGCCCUGGGCGAUUCCUUUGCGCAAUACCACAUGGGCUUGAUGUAUCGCGAUGGUCUGGGCGUGCCGCAGGACGGGGCACGUGCUGGCUCGUACUUGAAGGCCGCAGCGGAACAGUCUCUUCCCUUGGCACAAUCAGCUUUGGGAGUGCUUUUCUUGGACCAAGGGGACAUUGAGACCGCUGGGCGAUACUUUGAACUCGCUGCAGGAGCAGGCGUGAUGGAGUCGUUCUACUAUCUCGCCGAACUCACCAACCAAGGCGUCGGUCGUGAACGUAAUUGCGGCCUAGCAGCUGCAUACUACAAGGUGGUCGCCGAAAGGGCAGAAGUCUUGCAUUCCUCGUUUUUGGAAGCAAACUCGGCCUACGAAAGAGGAGACUUUGAAAGAGCAUAUAUUGCCUCCAUCAUGGCCGCGGAGCAAGGGUAUGAGAAUGCCCAAGCCAACGUGGCAUACUUGCUCGAUCACAAGACGUCAGUGAUAUCGCUGCCAAAUCUGGGUAUUCCUCUCCUCUCGACUGCCAAACCGAGCUCGAAGAAGAGCAAACUGCUCAACGACCCGCAUCUGGCUCUCGCGUACUUCACCCGCUCCGCCAAACAAGCCAAUGUCGACUCGUUGAUCAAAAUGGGCGACUACUACCUUUCGCUGUCAUCGCCGACCAACGCAGCGCUCACUCUUUUCCCGACCGGAGAAGACAACGCCGAAGCGAAAACCAACCUGGAAAAGGCUACAACAUGCUACACUACGGCCGCCGAGACACAUCAUUCCGCCCAAGCGCUCUGGAACCUUGGGUGGAUGCACGAAAACGGAAUUGGAAGCGUCACGCAAGAUUUCCACAUGGCAAAGCGGUACUACGACCUCGCGCUGGAGAUGAACAAGGAGGCUUACUUGCCCGUGACGUUGGCGUUGGCGAAGUUGAGGCUUAGGAGUUGGUGGAACGGCGUGAGCGGCGGCAAAGUCAACGGGAUCAAAGAUGAGGAAGAAGGGGAGGAACAGAGGAGGCCCAAGACGUGGAUCGAGUGGGUGAACAGGUUCCUGGAUGCCGCGGAGGAGAUGGACGCGCGCGAGGCCGAGGCUCUAGCGAGGGCGGAGCGCGACGGUGACGAUGAUCUUUUGGGCUACAACGCCGACCCAGUAGGGAUGGCUGCCGGUGCCGGUGGCGGCGGCAACGACGCCGAGUACGCCGCCGAUCGAGGCCCGCAGCAGGGCGGACGUCCGGGAAGAGUCCAAGGAGACGUCUACGGUGCAGACGAAUGGGACGAAUUCGACGACGGCCUCGUCGAGAGUCUUAUCAUCAUCGCCCUCGCCGGCGCGCUCGCCCUGCUCGUCUACGCCCGCCAGGCCAGGCAGCGCGUCUUGGAGGAGGAGAGGCGUCGAGCCCAAAAUCAAAAUCAGAACCAAAAUCAAGCUCAGGGUUUGCAGCCGCAACCGCAACCGCAACCGCAACAGCAACAGCCACCGAGGCCACCGAACCCACCGAUGCAAGGCCCGCCUGAAGGUGCUGGCAUGGAGAGAGGCAUGUUCCCGGCUCCCGGGGAUGCGGAUUGGAAUAAUUGGGUUGCCGGCGGGAUUGGGCAUUGA